AUGGAACGGUCCGUGCGGCUCGCAGUGGUGUGCGUGUGUGUGUCUCUGCUCAUCACGGUGCAUCCGGCAGAAGCGUGGUACAAGCAGUCCACCGGGCCCAGCUACUACUCCGUGGGCCGCGCCUCAGGGCUCCUGUCCGGCAUCAGGAGGUCACCGUACGUGCGCAGGGCCGAGUCUGAGGAGCUGCUGGAGGGGGAUGAGAGCGCGAAUAACGGGAUCCCAGACCCCAACAAGCAGGUCUCUGUCCUCAAGAACAUGGCCAUUUGUGUAAAAGACAUCUCUCCAAACCUGAAGAGCUGUGAGCUGCUGCGGGACGGCACGGGCACGUUCCAGUGCAAAGCGGAUGUGUUCCUGACGCUGGACUCUCUGGACUGUCUGUCCACCUGA